GCCAUGCCUUUUAACGGUUCAUUCAUUUUCGCGGGUAUCAGCUGCGCGCGCUGCCGUCGUCGGUGAGCAGAGCACGCGCCCGUCUGAACCCCUCCCCGGUCCUCAGAGCCGCUCUGACUGUGGUCCAGGAGGGACGUGGUCCGCCGUGUCUGGAGGGACGUGGUCCACGGUGUCUUGGGGACCUGGUCCGCCGUGUCUUGGUGGUCCACCGUGAGCCCGGCUCCCUGUCUGAGAGGCUGCCCGUCGGAGAUGUAACUGCACUGUUUCUGUCCGUGUCGUCGCAGCACACGACAUAGAACACCGUGCACCGCCCCCGCCCCUCUUCAGACCUGUUGUGUGCUGUGGGACCGGUCAACGGAGCCUCCUUCCAGGGACCAUCACAGAGCAGAUGAGCCAUCGCUCUGGGAGACGUGCUCCUUCCUGUGCAGGAUAGGGAGCAUCUUGUUCAUCUGUAGUUGACGGCCUCAUUCCUGUUACCAAGUUACGUUUUCUCUAGCGCUGGCCGUGUCAUGACCCAACCCAGACGUGACUCCGCCGCCGUCGGGCCCAGAGCGUGAGGCGGCCCUCUCCGUCCGACACCAUGGGGUGCGUGUGUGUGCGUGCGAGGGACUGAGUGGCGGCGGCGGGGGGAACCCCCGGCGCGGCAUGCUGCAAGCGGCCGCUCAGCAUGACUCUGCUGGACGUGUGGCUGUCUCGCUCGCUCCCCAUGUGGCUGCUGCUCCAGAGCCUGGUGCUCAUGGCUCUCUGCUUCCCCUCGGCCAGCAUGUGCCCCAAGGGCUGCGUGUGCCAGCGCUUCGACCUCCACCACCUCCACCUGCACCACCAGGGCCUCAACGUCAACUGCAGCCAGUCCCGUCUGAAGGAGAUCCCCGGCGACCUGCCUGUGGACACCGUGGUCCUCCGGCUGGACCGCAACCACAUCGCCGCCGUGCCCGACCGCGUGUUCCGGGGCCUGGCGCUGCUGCGGGAGCUCAACCUGUCCUACAACGCCGUGGAGACGCUGGGCGAGGGCGCCUUUAGCGGCGUGGAGGCCACGCUGCAGGUGCUGGACCUGUCGCACAACCGCAUCGCCAGCGUGCACAAGGACGCCUUCGCGCGGCUGAAGGCGCGCGUGGUGGUGGACGACAACCCCUGGCACUGCGACUGCGCCCUGCAGCAGGCCAUCGGCGGCAUGGCGCACAACCACGAGGCGGCGGCGCGCGUGCUCUGCCGCAGCUCGGAGCUGCGGGACCAGGAGGGGAGGCCCUUCCUGGCGGUGGACACGGACCUGUGCAACCUGGCCAAGCGCACCACGGACUACGCCAUGCUGGUCACCAUGUUUGGCUGGUUCGCCAUGGUCAUCUCCUACGUGGUCUACUACGUGAGGCAGAACCAGGAGGACGCCCGCCGGCACCUGGAGUACCUCAAGUCCCUGCCAAGCAAGCCCAAGAAGCCCGACGAGGCGGACGACAUCAGCACGGUGGUCUGACCCCAGGUGGUACGUACGUACGUACAGACGAUGACAUCAGCGCGGUGGUCUGACCCCCUGUUGGUACGUACAGACGUACAGACGAUGACGUCAGCGUCGUGGUCUGAGCCCCUGGGCGUACAAACGGACUAACCAGGAAGGAUGUUGAUGUGAUAGGACUGGUUUUUAGUGUCUGUCUUCAAGGUGAUGUGGGUGAGUCUCAACCUGUCUUAGAGCCUGUUUUGUAGAGCUGUGGUCUCACGUGGUUUACAGUGUGUCUCAGUGGGGGGUUACUAGAGAACAACUCAUUACUCCAACUCGGUUUUUUCCUACUUCGCCACAAACUGCCUCCACCGCUUGGAAAAAUUUGAAUCUCAGGUUUAAAUUUUUGAUAGGAAGUAAUGUAUUUUUUAAGAAACUAAUUUGGAAAAUCUGUAUAGCAAAAUUAUUUUGUCUGAUAUGAACAGACAUAAGAAUGACCCUAUUAGCUGAACGUUUCGACAUUGGGAGAUUGAAACUAAUUCUGUCAAAAGACACAAAAAAAUUGUAUGAUAGAAUGACUUUCUUGCCAUUUCAAAUAUAUUUUUAUUUUUAUUAAAAAAUGGUCCAUGACUCAACGAUACAUUUCUUGACAAAUAGAUGUCAGUUUUUACAAACAAUGUUACUCGAAAUGCAUCAUAUAUUUCCAUGCAUGCAAAUCAAAGUUCAUCACUCUGAUGACAAUGAGUCAACAUAUCAUUAAAUUCCUAUUUAGCGAACUGAAUAAUGCAACAAAGUGCAUGUCAAAAAAAUGAAUACUUUGGAAUAUGGGUCAAAACUAUUUUGAACUUUAUUCAUCCAUGGAUCAACAAAGCCGACCUUGAUGAUUUGAGAUACAAUAAUUAGUUAUAUUGUAUUUUUGGUAUCCUUAGUUAUUUUAUUCAAUACAAAUGAAAUAAAUGUGUGAACAAAACUGCCAGUAACUUGGGUAUUAAAAGAGUAGGUAGUUAUUUUAUGGGUCAUUAACAAAUACUUACAUAUUAUAUAUAAAUAUAAACAAAUUCAUUAUUGUGAUCUAACUUAGUGGUAACUCGUAGAUGGUUAAAAAAAAAUGCAUACAUUGAUUUCAAAUGUAACACGCCCAAAAGGAAAUAUUCUGAACCUGAAGGAUUCACAAGAAAACGCCAUCUUUACUGUUUACAGGAUGUGGACCUCCACAAAGACUUCUUCCAUUACUUUAUGGUGUCACCGUGUGUAUUCACCUUGUCAACUCCUAGCAAAUAAGCACAAUGACGUUUUCUACCUGCUGAAAUGGUAGAUGUUUUGUUAAUAUUGCCCAAGCCGCCGAGAGGGUCAAUGGUUUUAUCAAAGUUGUUCACCCAAUAGACAUAUAUAUACGAUAUACUUCUGCGUUGUUGAACUCGACUUCCUAGUAGAAAACCAACGCGGCAUUAAUACUACAGAGCAGAUGACAGAUGAUGUAGAGAAACAGGGAGAAAACAGGCGAUCCGGUAGUGUUUGGUGUUGCUGGUAGACAGAGGUGAAGCUCAUUAAGUUAAUUAUAGAUCUGGACGCAUGCCAGCGGUGGCCAUCAGUGAUGUCAUGAGGAGAAGCCCCUAGUUCACUCUGCAAAGUUGAAGUGGUAGUAUU